AUAAUAUAUGCAUAUGCAUGUCUACAUUGCUUUCACUUUCUUACCAGGCGCCGUAAACGAUAUACGCUGUCGAUUUCUCGUCUCCGAUUAAUUUUGUCUUUCUCUGAAAUUGCUUCCUCAUUUCACACCGAGUAUUGACUCAAUAGAGUCGCAUCUCACUGAGACGUAAAUGAAGGCAUGCUCAGCCAGUACUGUUUGUGAUUUUACCUUCUUGAAUGAAACUACAUUAGAGGGGAAACUUUCUCAACUCGCUUUUGAUUCCGUAAUUGAUAUUACCACCAUGCAUAGGAAAGGUAACGAAUUAACCUUUUUGGUUCCUGGUACACAUAAUUAUGAGAUCGCAUCGACGACAGUAUCAUAGCUUCUCACGAUAUCGUUGGCAAGAGAAUUGAGGGAAAGACGACAGAACCAUUAUUGACACGAUGGAGAUCAUUUGCAGGAAGGAUUUAGUUUACACGGAGGCAUAAUGAUUGAAACAUGUCUGGAAUAGAGAACGACUUCUACUCUGUACUUCUGUAGAUUGCACAAGAUCAUUUUGGCGCGAAUAACCAGUAAUGACCGUGGUAUUCGACAGACGUUAGCUUUACCACGGUUUCACUUUUUCGGCAUAUGGAUUAUGGGACUUUGCCAUGGAUUUGCAUUGAGUCGAACAUUGAUUGAGAUGCAUGGUCUCAAAAAAAUAAGAAACAACGAUACCAACAAUAGAUGGAAGAUCAUUCGCUUGCUCCUAUAAUGUGAGGGGGGAAUGCUGUCUCACUUUUAUAGAGAAGGUUCGAGGAGAUUCAUACAACAAUAACAGCAAAUGAAAGAAUUAAGACAUGCUGACCUAAUAUGAAAUUAUCAACUAUAUCAUUCAAUUGAAUUGAACAUACGGCAUUCGUAACUGUGAAAUAGGCCUUUGGACAAUCAUUGAACCAGAACACAUAUUAUAGGAGAAUAACUACUUCGCUUCAAACUUUGUACAUGAAUUAUCAUCGAAUAUAAUGGCAAUGAUGGAUAGGCGGACGUUGUACGGUACGUCCCAGCGUUCAACCACCAUCUCGAAGUCGCCAGAGAAAGAAGCGACGGUUACUGAACUUACCUGGGUCGACACAACGCAUAAAAUUAGCGAAAUUGUCUCACGAAGCCCGCCACUUCUACCCAUCUUGAUCAAAUGCGCUGCGCUGUCGUCGGAUCCGUACAUCGCCGCAAAGAUCCAAACGGGCGACAUCAUGAAACUCAGCAGACUUAAUACCGUCGACAUCGUCCAGGCAACCGUCGAGUUCAAAUCCGUCGCCGCGCAACAUUUGAAGGAGUUAGACGACUACAACGGAGUCCAGCUGCCGUCGUAUCUCGCCAUUCCUAAGUCGAUGGAGUCCAUAACGUUCGAGGUCGUACGCGGAAGCGUUCGCUACAGUACGCCGUUGGGUCUCCACGAGGGACUGUCGCCGUUUUCAUCGAAAACUUCAACCUUGAAAGCGAAUCAGAAUUCAGUUCGGUUUAAGACCGUGCUGGCUUUGUCGAAGCAGCUACCGAGGUUUGUCAAGGUGAUCAAAACGUCAAAGCAGAUUCGACAUAAUACAAAGAUCGUUGACGGACACGUACUCGAGAUCAUGGGCGUGCACACACCGUGGGCGACUCGAGAUAAAUUUCUAAGUUGUCGUAUUGAUCAGCCAGAUGGUCAGGUAUGCAAGCUAGAUCUGAAAUGGAGAGGAACAUUCGACACCAUCCCCGACACCAAACGAUACAACAUACAGGAUCUUCUGCGCGUCUACCGUUUUCCAAUCACCGUGCGAGUACGGGACUUUAGCCCAACAGAAUGGAUCCCUCAACAUACUUCAUCUCAGCUCAAAGCCAUCAAAACUCUCGACCUCAACCUCACUAUCGAGAAAGAAGAGACCGUGGAAUUCGCCAUGGCUAUCAGUCAGACACCGCCGUCGUCGAUGGCCGGUGCUUGUCAGGAUCCGCACGAUUUCAAGCUACUGGUCCUGUCGAAGAACAUCGACGUCGAUUUCGUAACCUCGUCGGAUAUGACGAUGAACCCGAAAGUUUACGCUGAGGUCAUGAACCGGAUGGGAGGCAUUGGAGACUCAAUGAUCUCCACCGUGUCGAAGGUAUGA